UUAAUCAUCUCGAUUCCACCUCCAGACAGUAGCGUCAUCGCAGACACACAAGAGAACAGACCCAUCACGACUCAAGCUGGUCUGUCUAAUUGGUGCAGUACACCGAGGAUGCUGCAACGAGAAACACCUAGCUUGGCCAGGCUCCUCGAUAUCCAGGUCCCAGACAUAAGUUCUACCUACCUGGUUACCCAGGGCAAUCGUUCGUUGCCAAAAGUCCAUUGAGAACCUUAUGAACCAGAUAUCACAUUCUUUGAAUUCAAACCGAUGCAUCACGGUCGCGCUGGUCUCAUUGUUUCUCAAUUGAGAGUCCUCCAAACGGCCAGGCUUCCAGCAGACGAUACAAUUUUCGCAGCUCUUGCUGAGAAUAAAGUCCCCGUACCACUUGACACAAUCAACGUAGUUCCUGUGAACGUCCCGGGUGGUAAAAUCCGGAAAGUGCUGAAGAAUAGAAUCAAACGGACGGCUAUUUCUCGCUGGGUUGCAAAAAGCCUCAAAGCGUGGUCCUUGGACGCAGACAGCAAAACGUUGGGAUCUCGCGGGUGGAUCUUUAAUUCGUUUAUCGCAUGUCCGUGUCCAAUGUAUUGCUUGACACAGGUCAUUGUAACUGGGCUGAUAAUCCUGAUGACUCCUCUGGAGCCGGCGACGGCCAGUAAAGGUUUUCCCAGUUCGUCAAAGGUCCACGCGCAGGUGUAA